AUGGCGUCCAACACUGCAUUGCCAUCUCAAAUGAGAGCGGCGUAUAUCGCGGAGUAUAACAAACCGUAUGCCUUGGGGGAGCGUCCACUGCCCUCCAUCCGAGACACAGACAUUCUCGUGCGGGUUCACGCUGCUGGAUUUUGCCACUCAGACCUGCAAGUAUUGCAAGGCGAGUUCGAGAGACCAGCGCCAAUCGGCCUCAUACCAUCUCAUGAGAUAGCUGGAGUUGUUGCCAAAUUGGGUAGCAACUACCAAGGUGAUCUCAGAGUCGGCGAUCGUGUUGGCGUCCUCAACUUCAAGCAUGCUUGCAGCUCAUGUGUAGGAUGUCGCUUGACGCAAAGGAGAGGCGAAGAGCUUGAUCCCAGAUUCUGUGAUAACCGAGAAACAGCUGGCUUCUUGCACGAUGGAGGGUUUGCGGAGUAUGCGUCUGCUGACCCGGAGACAACCGUGAAACUGCCGGACUCGAUCUCGUUUGAGCAAGCUGCGCCGCUCACUUGUGCGGGAGCGACAGUAUGGGGAAGUCUUGAGGGCGCCACAGCGGGAGUGAGCAGAGGGGAGACAAUAGCGAUCGUGGGUAUUGGUGGACUCGGGCACUUGGGUGUGCAGUUCGCAAAAGCGCUCGGGUUCAAGGUCGUUGCGGUGGAUAGCAGAGAAGCUGGUCGACAGUUAGCAUCAGACGUGGAGAACUCAGCACUGAAGCCUGACCUUGUUGUGGAUUCUUCCGACAUCGCAGCGGCAUCAAAAGCCAUCUAUGACUUCACAAACGGCGAGGGCGUCGCAGCAGCGGUUGUCUGCACCCCAUCGUUAGAAGCGAAUCGCUGGGCGCUCAGUAUUCUGAGGAUUAAAGGCACGCUGGGAAUACUGGGUCUUCCUCAGAAUCCAUGGCAGUUCGACGCGGCGCCGAUUGUGUUUCGAGAGUUGACGAUAAAGGGGAGUUACGUGGCGGGGAGAGCGGCGACGGAGAGGAUGAUGAAGGUCGUGGAGGAGGCGGGCGUGAGGUCGCAUUUGACAGUGUUGCCGUUUGAGAAGAUUCCUGAUAUUGUUGAGAUUUAUGAGGAUGCGGCGUUCAAGGGACGGAUUGUUGUGCAAAUAUAA